UCAGACGUACGAUAAUUCAGCCUCAAAAGUACCUUUCCACUGGGGGCACCCUUACCUGACACAUACCCAAGUACCCAUUUCGAAACACCUGGUUGCCCACCGAGUCUUUUGGGGGGGAAUUGCAAGCCAGGGAAAGAGGGCCCGGCGCUGACUGCCGUACGACCUCGUGGUUGCAUGGCUCAACACUGCAACAAGAGUCAGUGAGGGAACAGUGGGACAUGUGACUUGGGGAGAUGUGCUGCUGACAGGUAGAGAGAGAGACACAGGGAACACUGCAGCCAUGGGAGUGCGCGGUUUACAGUCAUUCUUAGAGUCCCAUUGCGGACAGGCAUGUUAUUCUGUCAACAUAGGAAAGGUUGCAGAUGAAUACCAACGUCGAACGAGUAAAACCCCAUUGGUUGUGAUAGAUGGCAUGUCAUGUCUCCGUAAACUGUACGGGAAACUCAAUUGGAUUUGUGGUGGCCAGUGGAAAGGCUACAUCGAACACUUCCAAGAUUUUUACAAGAGUCUAAAGGCUCACAAUAUCAAAGUAGUUUUCUUCUUUGAUGGCAACACUCCAGAACGAAAGAGAGAAACUUGGACUCAUCGUCGUCGCGAAAACCUGAAGGAUGUGACAACAUAUUUCAAUAUCAUUAGAACAAACAAGGAAUUGGAACACGGAAAGCACUUCUUCUUGCCAACUGGUCUGGCAGCAUUUACACCCCUUAUUGUCAAGGACAUACUAGAGUGUGAAGUAUACACGUGCAUGGAAGAGUGCGACAAAGCAGUUGCUGAGUAUGCAAAGAAAUAUGGUGCCAUGGGAAUUCUAGGCCAGGACUCCGAUUACGUGAUUUAUAACACAGCACAUUAUUACUUCUCUAUUAAUCAUCUUAACCUUGAAACGCUAGACACAAUUAUGUACGAUCGGAAUGCACUUUCGAGGUACCUGCAUUUAUCUGUGGAUCAGCUGCCAGUUCUUUCUUGUCUAAUAGGUAAUGACGUGAUUCACCAAGAGCAGUUGAUCCUCUUCCACCAGCAGUCCCUAAAGGUCACCGCGCCCCACCACCAUCGCCACACACAGCGUCCCCCCCCAGAAAUCCUCAUCCCUAAGGUAGCCACGUUUAUGAACACUCAGCCUCCUAUGGAACAGCUGGUGCAUCAACUUCCUCUUCUGGCCAGAGCUGUCUUCCGAGAUGAGAAUAAGGCGCCACUCCUUGUUGAAGGUAUCAAGAUGUAUCAGCUUGAUAUUGAUGGACCUGAUGAGUUUACAGAAAAGCCUGAAGAUCAACCGGGCAUGGACAUUAUGGAAAGAGUGCGAAUCCGCCAUAUAGAGAGCAUAUUGGGUCGUCAUCUCUUUGCCAUACUGAGAGGUGAACCGUACGAGUCCUCAACAACCUUAGAGGACUAUUCUUCCAACCUGCCGUCUGGGGCCCUGGUGUUCCAACCACUACGUGCAAGAGUGUACAUGAUACUUCAGAAAUCAUGCAGAGAUGCAUGGACUCAGGUACCAGAGUGGUGCAUGUACUCAGGCAAUCAACUGAAGGAAGCUGACUUUGUUGAUCCAGUGGAACUAGAAGGUGGAACUCCAUCACUAGAAGAACUGUGGGAAGGAGACAAUGACUUGAAAUGGAAGACCUUCCUUGCCUGUAUCCAUCCCGUUUUAAGUGAAACUAGGAUUCGGACCUUCCCACCACACAUUGUAGUCCCCGUCGCAAUCCUCUUUUAUCUGCAGUGUAGCCAAACAAAGCCAAUACUGAAGGACUGGGAAAUGAAUGCCUUGAUUGCGGCAUUCCUCUCGCCUCUAAGGGAAGAUUUGAACCAAAUCCGAGCAAUAGCUUUGCCACGCAUUGAUGCUCGUGCAGUCCACGUGGCUGCAAUCUUCAUGAAGGGACUUGUUAAUUUCUACUUCCUCAUAGCUGCAUGUGAUUUCCCUGUGGAUCGUAAAUAUGUGGUCCCCUGGGCAUUCUGGGAUGGAAAAGUAUUCCAUCAUUACUACCUUCGUGCAAAGUCUGGAGCCAAAAUAGAUGACAUGUGUGAACAUAAGGAGGAGAUAUUGAAGCUUUUUGUGGAUAUCAAGACGAUGGUGGUGCCUCACAUACCCCCACCCCCGGUCAUCCCCAAACCACCUGCAGAAUCCCCAGAGCCCAAGGGGAGCAGUCCUGAAGACAGCCCCCACAAAAGGCACCGACGUGGCCACAGCAAUGCUUCCACAGUCUCCCCACCCCAGACUCCCCUUCCCCCCACUUCGCUAGCCAUUAACCAAAACUCAACCCCUUCUAAGGUAGCCUCCCAAGCGUCAUCACCCACAGCGUCACCCAGUUCCCCGCACUUAAACAAACAAGUUGCCAAAUCAGCACACAUGUCCCCUCCUCCAAGAUCACCUGUGGCCAAGGCUGCGGCUGCCGGUAAGUCUCCUGCAAAGUCUCCAAAGAAAGCAGCCUCAUGAUUUGAGCACAACACCUUACCGCUCUCCGGACGGGGUCACUAGUCACAAUAUUACGAUCAUACUGAUCUCAUGUUAUUGAUGUGGAAUUAUGAUUUUCACAGUCUUUUGUACAGACAUCAACUCUUGUUUUGUUUUUCCUUUUUGUGAAGUCAAGUUUAUUUUCUUGUUGCAUUUAUUGUUAUAUUUUUUGAUUGACAUAAGCUGGAAAUAUAAGGUGUACAUAUUA